AUGAAUAACGAUUUGGCGGGAUGGUACAAUUCAAUUCCCCCAAUUUCCAGAUACUGGUUCACAGCGGCAAUCGUGGGCCCCCUCGCACUGCGUCUGGGCGUCGUCUCCGGGGAGACUGUAAUUCUCAAUACUGAUCUCUUCUGGGGCAGCUUCCACAUUUGGAGACCCUUCACUGCUCUCUUUGUCUAUGGUCUGGGUUUUCCUUACCUGACGAAGCUGUACUUCCUCUACAAUUACUCCACCAGAUUGGAAAAGGAUCAUUUUGCUGGAAAGCCAGCGGACAUGGCUUACAUGAUGCUCGUCAUUUUUCUUACUACAAUUGGAAUCGGAAUGAUCAUGAAAAUGCCCGUCCUUUUCAUCCCUCCAAUAAUCGCCUGUAUUUACGUCUGGUGCAACCUUUACAAAGAUGUGAUUGUAUCAUUCUUCUUUGGCCUCAAAUUCAAAGCCAUUUAUUUGCCCUGGAUUUUGAUGGUGUUCGGAUUGAUCGUCGCGAAUGAUGGAUUUAACGAGCUCUUGGGCAUUUUUAUUGGACACGUGUACUACUUUUUGAAGUACAGGUAUCCAACCGAGUUUGGCGGACCGAAUCUUCUCGAAACUCCACAGUGGCUUUUGAACAUCUUCCCCGAAGAACGCGCUUCCGGUGGCUUCGGAACCGCUCCACCUCGCCGAGCACAGACGGAAAACCAACCACGUGGUCGAUGGUUCACCGGCGCUGGAAACCGCCUUGGUGACUAA